CCGGGAGGCAGAUCAGUGAGCUGAUCAAAACCCCAGUACCUGAACACAGUAGCAAGCCGGAAAGGUCGUAGCCAUGGCGAAGAAGGUGGCGGUGAUCGCCGUUCUGCUGGCCAUGAACCUGCUCUUCUUCACCUUCUCCGACGCGUGCGGGUACUGCCCCAGCCCGGGCGGAGGCGGCGGCAGUGGUGGAGGAGGAGGUGGUGGCGGUGGCGGAGGCGGGAGCGGCGGCGGCGGUGGAGGAAGCGGCGGCGGCGGAGGCGGGAGCGGCGGCGGCGGAGGCGGGAGCGGUGGUGGCGGAGGAGGUUCAGGAGGCGGCGGACGGGCCAAGUGCCCGAUCGACGCGCUCAAGCUUGGGGUGUGCGCCAACGUGCUCAACGGCCUCAUCAACCUGCAGCUGGGAACGCCGCCGAAGAAGCCGUGCUGCUCGCUCAUCCAGGGCCUCGCCGACGUGGAGGCCGCCGUGUGCCUCUGCACCGCUCUCAAGGCCAACAUCCUGGGCAUCAACCUCAACGUGCCCAUCGACCUCAGCCUCCUCGUCAACUACUGCGGCAAGAGCGUCCCCAGAGGCUUCCAGUGCCAAUAGACAUGCAUCCAUCAUCCCUUCAUUUCCAUCAAUCCUAUACAUGAUCGAUCGACGAGAGUGCAUGGUAUGGUACACACCAGCAUGCACGAUCUGUCGUGUAUAUUGUUAUCACUUGUAUGUGCGUCGGUGUGUGUGAUCAUGGAUCGUUCUUAGGUCAGAUACGGAUGUGUUAUCUCUCCUAGUCCUAUAUGAUCGAUCUCGUGUACGUUGCUACCUGUAUCCUUUUCCUUUUCAAAGAGAUGUUCCGUUUCGAUAA